CACUGCAUCUGCUCUACAACAACUGAGUGCUUCCCCAGACACCGUGUCUCUUCCCCCGGAGACAGCACGGCGGAACUUUCAAUGUCGAGCAGAGCCGGAGCCGCACGACUUCAGCCCUUCCAUCGCCAUGGAACCACCACACCACGUCGCACGAACAGCGCGCUGGCGACGCUGAGGCCGGCUGUUCUGACCGCCGCACGCCUGUGUCUGAUGCCGCUCGCGAGCGCCGCGCCUCUUUCCCUCCAUCUGUUCGGCGGUAACGCCAUCUCCACAUACCAGCAGCAUGACGACGACGACAUGCCCAAGGACGCGCGAGACCCCACGCUGUGGAUCUAUCUCUCCGUGGCCGUCUUGUUGGUGCUGCUCGGCGGCGUGUUUGCGGGUCUGACGAUUGCCUUGAUGGGCCAAGACGAGACGUAUCUGCAGGUCAUUGCAACGAGUGGAGAGGGCAGUGAGAAGAAGCACGCCGCCAAGGUGCUCAAGCUGUUGAACAAGGGCAAGCAUUGGGUCUUGGUAACUUUGUUACUCAGCAAUGUAAUCACCAACGAGACCCUACCCAUUGUUCUGGACCGCAGUUUGGGCGGAGGAUGGCCGGCGGUUGUGAGUAGUACUGUGCUUAUUGUCAUUUUUGGCGAGGUUGCUCCCCAAUCCGUGUGUGUUCGUUAUGGCCUUUCCAUUGGAGCUUUUAUGGCGCCUGCCGUGCUCGCUCUCAUGUGGAUUAUGUCUCCCAUUGCUUGGCCCACUGCGAAACUGCUCGACUACCUGCUGGGUGAAGAGCACGGUACCAUGUACAAAAAGGCAGGCCUCAAGACUCUGGUCACCCUGCACAAGACACUCGGCGGUGGUGCUGGCGAGCAAUUGAUGGAAGAUGAGGUGACCAUCAUCAACAGUGUGCUGGACCUGAAGGAUAAGCCUGUGGGAGACAUUAUGACUCCCAUGGAAGAUGUCUUCACGAUGAGUGUGGACACGGUCCUCGACGAGCGAAUGAUGGACAUUAUCCUCAGUCAAGGCUAUUCUCGCAUACCGAUUUACACGCCUGAUAACUCGAGGAAUUUUAUCGGCAUGCUUCUGGUCAAAAUCUUGAUCACGUACGAUCCUGAAGACUGCAAGCGGGUGCGCGACUUCGCACUAGCAACACUACCAGAGACUGCGCCACAUACUUCAUGUCUUGACAUCAUUAAUUUCUUUCAGGAAGGCAAGAGCCAUAUGGUGCUUGUGUCCGACUUUCCAGGUCAAGACAAGGGUGCUACGGGUGUGGUCACCUUGGAAGACGUGAUCGAGGAGCUCAUUGGAGAAGAGAUCAUCGACGAGUCCGAUGUUUUUGUGGACGUGCACAAGGCUAUCCGCCGAAUGGCUCCCGCUCCGAAAACUCGCUUCCGUGGCCGCAUAGCAGAGCAAGAUGAUGUGGUGGAGGACGAUGAAGAUGGUAAAGAGUUCGACGAGACUCGCCCUCUGCUAGGAAAGAAGGAUAGCGAUCGACCCCGGAACCCCAGCCUCACGAACGGUCAGACUACGUUCAUGAUGCGUAGGAAGAGCAGUACGGCGUCCGACGGCAAGCUGGCCCGCGACAAACCACGACCUGUGGCGGUACGCAGCAAUCCGUCUGAUCUGAAAGAACAUCUGAAGCACCUCGGACCUAGUAACGCAGCGAGCCAUCCAAAGUCCACAAAAUUCACCAACAUAGCGAUCAAGCCUGGCGUCACCACGAUACCGGAGAACAAGCCGGUUAUGACUGGCGUCGUUCACGAAGAGCCUCACAAACUUGAUCCUAGUCAUCCUCACGUCGAUGAUGCCGUGGAGGCGUUGAAAUCUGGCCGGCCACGGGGUGCCUCUGGAGGGGCCGCAGCUGUGUAUGGUACAAUGAGUGCUCCUCCACAGCGUCGGCUGAGCUCCCCUGAGACUCGGUUGAGUGUCCAGGAGGCGAACAGGCUGGCACAGGAGAACGCUUCGCCUGUGCCUGUUUUCCAAGACACGCCUACAAGUGCCGUUGGCCGAGAUGCGCAGCAACAGGCUGAAAUUGGGGAUAGUCGUGAAGCACAUGAAGAGAGCCAACAAACGUCACUUCCUGAACUAGAGCCACUUAUCCUGCCUGGGAAAAUGGUCGUUGGCGCACAACAAAAAGAAGAAGAGGAUGACCAUGUUGGCGAACUCAGUAGUACUGCCAACGGCCCUGCCCGAGGUAAAAAGCGGCUACAAGCUCGUUCGGGGUCCAUCACGGAGUCGACCAUUGAGAUAGGCGGUAUGAAGAAGACUGUGUUGGAGACAACUUCCUCUAGCGAAGAUGGUUCGGGCUCGCAGGACGGCAACGUCUCACCUCUCACGUCAAGACAAGGCGGUGAGCAACAAAUGGCAGGCGAUGAUGGCGCCGCAGACAGUGCAAAUGAUGUUGCCGCGCAAGAUCACGCUAAUGGGACCUCGAAUGGCGACAAGAAGAAGCGGAAGAAGCGUGGCAAGAAGAAGAAGGGCACAAGCUCUCCUGUACGCGAUUGAUCGCUGUGGGUGGCACCGCAGACGCUUGUGAGAGCCGAGGCCUUUGUCACGUACUUGGACUGCAUUUUCCAGAAGAGGUAAUGGUAACAAAAAGAAAACAGCUCAGCGCAAGAGGGUGUUUGACUGCAAGCUGGCUUCAUAAUAAUCGGGAAAGAUCACCAGCAUCAAAGUAUUGGGUAAAUGUACAAGGACUGUAUUUGGUACGAUGCACAGCAUAAGGGUCUUGAACAGCACUUAUCGCAUUGUAUAUAUGUAGCACUAUGUGAAGCAACAGUCAGGUACCUAUGGACACAAAAAGUCUGACGUGGUUUUGGUAUUUGUUGUCAUGGUACAAAAAGCGACACACACACACUCUCUCUCUCUCUCUCU